GUGAUGUGACUGGCAAACCAUUGAUCACAAAGGACACCAUGUGGGAGUGAAGCGGCGCCGUGUUUUUAACAGGAACUAAACACCGCCCGCCUCUCGCUGCCGCCGCCGCUGCUCCAACCACCACCUCACUCGCGUGAUUCCACAACCGGGCGUCACGCACAUUAUCCGGUUAAUUUACAUACAAAACGCCGCCCAGGGGGACGAACAUGAUAAUCUACCGUCGACUGAGAGCCAUCCGCGCGGAGGGGAGGAAAAAGAAACAGCAGAAACAAAGUUUGAACGGGAGAGGGCUGUUCUGAACCGAGCGGAGUGCGUUUCCACACCGACACGAAACGGGCGCUCGCCGGGCUCUUUGCCCCACUUUUGGAUUACGAUAUGGACGCUUUGAAAUCCGCCGGAAGGGCAAUUAUACGGAGCCCCAGCAUCGCCAAACAGUCGUGGGCGGCCGGCAGGCACAAAAAGCUUCCCGAGAACUGGACGGACACGAGGGAGACCCUCCUGGAGGGCAUGGUGUUCCAGCUCAAGUACCUGGGGGUCACAAUGGUGGAGCAGCCCAAGGGAGAGGAGCUGUCUGCGGCCGCUGUCAAGAGGAUAGUGGCCACGGCUAAAGCCAGUGGCAAAAAGCUCCAGAAAGUCACCGUAACGGUCUCACCGCGAGGAAUCAUCCUUUACGACAGUGCCACCAGCCAGCUGAUAGAAAACAUCUCCAUAUACAGAAUAUCCUAUUGCACGGCGGACAAGAUGCACGACAAAGUUUUUGCCUACAUCGUCCAGAGCCAGCACAACGAGACUCUGGAGUGUCACGCCUUCCUCUGCACCAAGAGAAAAAUGGCCCAGGCGGUCACCCUCACAGUGGCCCAGGCUUUCAGAGUGGCGUUUGAGUUCUGGCAGGCUGCCAAGGAAGAGAAAGAGAAGCGAGUGAAGUCGGGUUCAGACGGAGAAGGAGCCAGCAACUCCCAGUCGGACAGCUCGGCCAGCCUGGGCAGCCUGAAGGCAGGAGAGGUCGCCACAGGAAAACUUCUGGAUUUGGCGGAGGGAGCCAACGCGGCACUGGUCCACUCGGGAACAAAGCAGACGGAAUCGGACCCCUUUAUGGUGCAUAAUCACGCAACAGAGAACAACAAUACUGUAUGGGAGCUGGAGGACGGUCUGGACGAGGCUUUCUCAAGCCGCAGUCUGGAUAGCUUUGAAUCCUACUCAGACUCGCUGAGUCUCGCACUAACCCCCAGGUCCUGGACAUUGGGGUAAACCCUCAGGACUUCAACACUGAAGAGUGCCUGUCCCCAGGCAAAUGGGGCCCAGAGGAGACGGACUUCGCCACGCAGAAAGACGCGUUCUAAAGGAACGGAAGGGAAGGGAGAGGGGGGGAUGGGGGUGAAGCGGUGGAAAAACAGACAUUGUUGGAGACAUCGGUAAAGUUUCCCACCUUUCUCCCUGCCAUCAUACCUCUAGGAGGUCCAGUCGGGUGGCUCUCUGAAGGACAACAAGAGCAGGCUGCUCACAGAACAGGCCAAAGCAAUACAAACCAAUUAAUCCCUUUUUCUAUGGAAAAAAAACAUGCAGUCAUUUAAUGUUUGUUACAGUCAGUGGAUUACUUCCUUUUUUGUGUGUGUGUGUGUGUGUGUGUGUGUGUGUGUGUGUGUGUGUGUGUGUGUGUGUGUGUGUGUGUGUGUGUGUGUGUGUGCGCGCGCGCGCUAGGAGAACUCUGACCUGUUGAGUCUGAACAGGUCGUUACGUGGGUUAAAGGUCAACAAGGGUUCUGUCAUAUUUGUAUUUACGAGAACUGUAACUGGAUUAGAGGGAAAGGUCACUGGUUGAAGGUCACCAAACGCACCAGUUCCAG